GCCGGUUGGAUUAGCUGACCUCGUCUCCCUCCUCCACAAACACCACCAACAACAACAAUGGAGCACGAUGCCGCCGUCUUGGACGCCGACGCCCUGGACGUCACCCCACGCGGGACGAAGAGAACAACGACGGCGACGAUGCCGACCACGCGGGCGCCGUCCAUGUCGUCCGUGGACACCAUCCUCCACCUCCCCACCACGCCCCACAACAACAAGCCUUCCCCAACGCGCGCAUCUUCUGGGCACGCGCUCGAGGAGCCCUCGACGCGCCGCAGGCCGGCGCGCAGGUCGAAGCCCGUCAGGAUGUUCCAGAACAUGUGCCGCUCGCUCCCCGUUCUCACGCUAACCGCGCCGGCCGCGGCCCGCUGCGGCGGGCUCCUCCAUGCCCCCAGCGCGUCGGCCACGGCCACGGCCACCGCGUCGCCCUCGCCAUCGUCGUCGAAGAACUUUCUCAGCGCGCCUGUCUCGGCGGCUGCCGCGACGUUGUUAUUGACGUCGUCCUUCUCGCGGCGGCCACGGCGCGCCAUGACCGGCACGCUCUUCGGGUUCCGGGACGGGCGCGUGGCGCUGGCGCUGCAGGAGAACCCGCGGUGCCGGCCGGCCCUCGUCGUGGAGCUCGCGCUCCCGACCCACGCGCUGCUCCGCGAGCUCAGCACCACGGCGGGGGCACGCAUCGUGCUCGAGACGGAGAAGCGGCCGGACGAUGAUCAGGAAGAUGAUCACGGCAGUAACGAAGGGUCGUUGCCGCUGCUGGAGGAGCCGAUCUGGUGCAUGUACUGCAACGGGAAGAGGGUCGGGUACGCGGUGCGGCGGGAGCCCACGGAGGACGACGUGGCCGUGCUCGAGACGCUCUGGGCCGUGUCCAUGGGCGGCGGCGUGCUCCCCGGGAGGUCGUCGUCGUCGUCGUCAGCGGCGGGUGUUGACGGAGGAGGAGCGGAUGUUGGGGAGAUGGCGUACAUGCGCGGGAGCUUCGAGCAUGUUAUUGGGUCUAGGGACUCGGAGUCGCUGUACAUGGUCGGCCCGCACGGCGGCGACUGCCCGGAGCUCGCCGUCUUCUUCGUUAGGCUAUGACAUGAGCCGAUCGGUCCAGAGACCGACUUCUCUCUCUCGGACCGUUUUUGUUCAGUGGUGUACGGCUAGCGUGCAAUGCAUGGAUCGACGACGUUUAUGGAUCUGCUCGAUCGAUCGAUCUCUUCCCCUCCA